AAGAAACUAUGACAUGUAAAAUGUAAAGGAUUAAUACGGAACUCUUACCACACAAACCACCCAGAAAAUCAUCACUUAUGUAGAAGGGGUGGUGCUAUGCGGCUGUUAUAGAGACAGAAUCUUUGCUCUAAAGUUCAGUUCAGCAACGAUGACUUACACUCCACACUCAGAAAGAUGCCACGAUCUAACAACCUUCUGGGAUUCGAAGCAACAAAAAUGCAUCUCGUGUUUGAAUAACACUAUAAAGCCAGGUCAUGAAAUUACCCCCAACUGUGGGUAUGAUGAUCACGGAGGGCGACAUGAGGGAACAAGAAGACCAUGCAAGACAAACACUUUUAACAAUGGCAGCGGCAUCCACUGCAAACCCUGUAGCACGUGUCCGUCUGGGUUGACUGAGAAACCUUGCAACGCAACAGCUGACACCGUUUGCGGCAAGGUGCCUGUUACACAAAGAAUCCCGACGACAUAUUUUCCUGUCACAAAACCACCACAAGAUGUGUCAUCUCCUAUUAGCAGUGCAUCAACGACUCUAGCAUAUCAAGGACCUACCUUGACACAAACCUCACCACCAUCAUCUCCACACAGUGUGACACACUGGGCAGUACCAUUAGCCAUUUUAAUUUCCAUUCUGAUUGCUGCCAUGUGCUAUGUGUUUGGUCUCAAACGGAAAAGAGCAAAGGCUUUUUGCAGGCAACCAUCACACAUAAAUGGCGGAUUCGCCCCCCUGACUGGUUCAUCUAAUGGCAGUGACGUAGAGGACAUACUUAGUCCAGACAUCUUGUCUGCACCUCUACAGACCGUGCUGGACAACUUGGAUGUUUUAGAAGAGCUGGUGAUUUUGCUGGAUCCAGAGAGCCACGUAAGAAAGAGCACAAAACAUCUGGCGUCGCACUGCGCCUUCCCUUCCACCUGGAUUACUUACACCUACUCUAUGAAGGACAGCAAAAGCCCCCUAAAAGCUGUGCUGGAGGGAGUGACCUGCAAGAACCCUGACUGGACUGUAGGGCACCUGGCUAAACUGCUCAAACAUAUGGAGCGUAAUGACGCCAUAGCUGCUCUUGCAAAACUUAAAAUAAAUAAGAGUGAAGUGUAGUGACUGUUCAGUCUGACACCCAUAAAGGCUGCUGUUAUUCAUCAAUUUCUUUUUAUUAAAGUAAACUCAGAGUAGGAUGCAUCAUAUGAUUCCAGGAAUUAGAGCGAAGAGUGGGAAAAGGUCUCCCGAGUUCUUAUGUGGAAAAGAUAAGUACACGGAGAGGAGCGAUAAACGCAGGCAUUAUCCGUCCAAGUUGAUGACGGGGGAAGUCAAGCAUUCCAUAAUGAUUUAAAUAGCUUCUUCCAUGUUUGCAGCUUCAUAUGUUAUUACGUUUGAAUAAUUAAUGUAUUAUUACCUACCUCCUGGAAAAUAUUUACCCUCAACUGCUGUAUCCCGUAUAAACUGCUUAACACAUGCAUGAAGGAUAAAGCACAGAAACAGAAUUUCAGCCAGGCUUUAUCUUUACCCAUCCAGCUAACGAGGUGGCUUUUCCUCCAUUAAACUCAACCAAAACUCCA